UUCUGUGUUUCAGAAUCCAGACGUUCGUUUAUUUAAUUUGUUUCAUAAAAAUAUCUUUAAAACCCAUAUUUUAGGUGAUUAAUUCAAUGCAUUUUCAGAAAACAAUAAAUAAUUAGUUAAAAGUCGUUCUUCCAAAGUUUGUGCGUAUUCUACUAAAAAACUUUUUAUAAUUUUUAUUUUAAUAAAAUAAUUUUGUUUGAAAUUCGAGAACAAAAUUCAGCAACAUUUUAUACACCUUUCGAGGUAACUACUGCCAAAAUCAAGAAAUGUGACCUAUGGACGAAUUCUGAUCAAUUAUCAAGUGAUGUUAAACGAUGUCAAUUGGAGAGAGCAAAUUAGUUUACAAUCAAAUCGGUUCUAUAAUUGUUUAUUAUUAUUAAAAAUGCUAUCUUCAUAACAAUGAUUUGCAUAAAAUUACAGUAGUCACAAUUAAGAAUCUUGACUACACUAUCUAAUCUGGCUCGCACUUCUCAAAGGUGCGUGAUAAACAACUUGACUCAGUUCAUAGAAAUGUACGGCACACGGAAAGAUAUUCAAAUAUUAUGUAUUGAAACGUGCACGCCCGCACACAGUUAUAAUUCGGUAUCAAAUCCGUAUGGUACAUAUUAUCGAAAUUAUUAUUUAUGUAAAAAAAUACAAAUAUAUUCAACAACUUUGAGUGCAUAAAGAUAAUUUGCGAUCGGAGGAACUAAGGGUGUUGAUCACCCUAACAAUUGUAAUUAAUUUUUAUUUUAACUUAGUUUUCUGUUGUAUAUUUAACAAACUUAUCUAAAACAAUGACACGAUUUAUCAUCUUGUGCUUUUAUGUAUUACUAUUAUUUUUUUCUAAAUGCUCUGCUUUGUAUAAAGUCAAAUGUUAUGAACAAUACAAUGGUAAAGAUCCGUCGGGUAUCAUGCUAGACUGUGCGAAUAUUAGAAACCAUCAUCCAAAUGACAUUGAAAUGAGGGUAAGGUAUCAUGCACAUUUUAGCACCGGAGGUCUAAAAUCAUAUCAAAUAGUAGAAAUCGACAUGACCAACAACAACCUAGAGCAUAUUUUUAAAUUACCACUCAUGGAUUCACUUAAAAAAUUAUCAUUCAAAUAUAAUAACAUAUCGUCAAUAAACCAUCAAGCAUUCAGUGAUUUACCAGCGCUUGAAGAACUGGAUCUCAGUUUCAAUUCCUUAACUAGUGAACAGUUAAAAUCAACGAUAUUUAGAAAAGUGACAACUAGUAAUACUGAUGAACAAAAUCCAUUGGCACUCAAAGUAUUGAAACUUGGUCAUAACAAUAUUCAUUCACUUCAACCCAAUUGUUUUGAAAACUUCAUUAAUCUAGAAACGCUCGAAUUAAAUAAUAAUCCAUUUUUAUUCAUCGAUCAAAAUACGGAAAUUUCAUUAAACCUUUUACAUAAUUUAAAAACUUUACAUUUAGCCAAUGUUGGACUCUCUAAAUUUCCGGAAGAUUCAUUUACUCAGACAAAUAUUGAGGUUUUAUAUUUAAAUGGUAACGACUUCACGACAGUACCAAAAGGAAUAGUAGCAAUGCCACUAGCUUUUUUAAACUUGAAUGCAAAUCCUAUAAGUGAUCUAAACAGCGGUUCAUUUAUUGGUUUGGAUAAGCUUCAACAGUUAAUCAUCAGUAGUAUGCCUUUUUUAACAAAUAUCGAAAGUGGCACCUUUGCACCUUUGCCCAAACUUAUAACUCUGCAAAUGUCUUACAAUCCAAAGUUAAAUUUUAUUCACUAUGACGCAUUUAGAAAUGCAUCUAUGAAACACAAAUGGUCUUUGAGACAGCUGUUUUUAAAUAAUAACGCACUGAGUUACAUUGAUUCAAAAUUGUGUCCAUGGCCAAAAUUAGACACUUUUGAUGCUAAAAGCAAUCCAUGGAUAUGUGACUGUAAUUUGUCUUGGAUGGCAAAUUAUAUUAAUAAAACAUUUAAAGAAGUUCCAGAAAAUUUUUUAUACUAUCGUUGUAAUGAACCUGAAAAUUUAAUUGGUAUACUGGUGUCGCAGCUGAAUGAACACAUCAACUGUAGCGCAAUGUUCACUGUCACAGUCGACCAUAGUCAUGAACCCGUUACUCGACUUCGACAAUUUAUUAUUGUGGUAGGACUAGUCAUCGGCAUAUUUGUGUUUGGUACAUUAAUCAACAUGAGCUGUCGAAAAUUUAAAAAGAUACUCAAGCCUAGAAUCAACUCACCUGUCGGUUUCAGCAGCGGUGUUAAGUACCGACCGGCUGAUUUUGAAGAAAACAGCGACUUCAACGAAGACAUUUUUACUAGGAAAAUGCCUUCGAAGAUUUAUGGACGUCCUAUAGUUAUUAAUAAAUAAAAUAUAAAUUCGUUUUAACUUUUAAUUAAUGAUUGAGUUUAGUAAAAUCUGUAACUACUAUUAAUUACCACGAAUAAUUGUAACGAUUAAUUUUAUUUAUAAUUCUUACGAGUUCAAUGUUGAACAAAUUGCUUUUUAUUUUAUAUGCUUUAAUUUGCGGUUUUCAUAAUUACCAUGUAUAUAUCUUAAUUAAUGGAAAGUAUCAUCU